GCUGCAUCGCCGACCCCAAUGGCCGCCGGCCCUGUCCGGAGGGUCUCGCAGCGACAACAGGCUCUACGCCAGCCUCCCCUACGAUCAGCCAUGACCAGGAGCGAGAGCCAGCAGGCUCAAGCGAUGCAAUCCCAAAGCAACGCCAACCAGUACAACGAUGACAGCUCCGAGGAUGAGAUUCCUGUGCCUAUGAAGCUGAGCGCUCUCACCAAAGCGCUUCUCAACGAUGGCCGAUCUGAGUCUGCCGCCCAGGCUAUGGAACGUCCACCUUCACCACCACGAACUCGGAGACGGACCAGCCAAUUGGGGGCGUCAAUAUCAUCCACGUCUGAGCGCGGAAGACACCGAGCCUCCAUUGGCGGGCAAGCUCCCGAGGGCAAAACGUCGAGGACCUCGAGUCCUGCCAGAGAACAUGGCACAAGUCCCGUGCAAAGGAAAAGAGUAGUAAGGCUCAGCAACACGCCACAGACCCUGAGUCAGAUCCAGCCUUCGAAACGGCGCUCAAGCUCCUUCUCUCGAUCAACACAGCGACACCAGCAGGCUAGCCGGCCAGCCAGUAGGGAUAAGUCUUCCGACGAUAAGCCAGAGCCGCCAGCAGACAUCAACACACCUGCAAAUGGGAAUCGUGUCGUGAGGAUCUCCACCAACUCUUCCGGCAGCCGUAGUAAACCAGGCUCAGCCGGUGUAUCAUCGGGGCGAUCAUUUGAUCGCUCUGCCGUUGAUAGGUCUGCUAUAGAGGUGGAUGAUUACGAGCACUACGACGUUCCUGAGACUGUCGCACGUAACACGGCGGCAUCUGCAGCUUACGGUAGUAGUUCGAUGCGCAUCAAGCGUGCCGGCAAGAUCGCCGGAACAUUUCUGAGCGGCCCUGCACGACGUGGAAGGCGGCGACAGAGCGAAGAGGAUGCUGAGGGCGAAGGAGAAAUGGAUCAGUACAACCCUCACCAGGAGCAAGAUCAAGACCAAGACCAACCGAUGGAGGAUGUCCCAGAAGUUAAUUACUACCCAGAUGGGAACCGAGAUUUCAACUCUGGAAGUCCUGUUAGUGCAAGUGCUUCGGCUAGAGCGCUUCACAGGAGGCAUUACUCGAGCAUGGAGUCCCAAAGAGAGAGAGAGGAUGCAGAAGAGGAGGAAAUACCAUACAGAAAAUCGGUGCUUUAUCAUAAUAUACCCUCCAAUAUACCCUCGACAAGCGAAAAGGAAAACGACAUCCGCUCCGCUUACAAGCGCUCGAAAUCUUCCUUUGAUGAUCCGAUGGACAAGGCCCCAGCGCGACCAAUGAGCAUUGAUCCCGUUUUCGCCAGGCCAGCUUCACCAGAACGGAAACCACUGGCGCCAGUCGCAAACAAUACUCCGCAACGACCUGCUCCCCCUCCUCCUCCCAAGAUGUCUGUUAUGGAAGCGGCUACUUCAGCUACUGGCGCAGCAGCAACAUCAACAUCAACCAAACAGCGGAGAAACGUGCUAAGAGUCAAUGGAAAAACUUACACAAGACUGGACUGCCUGGGCCGUGGCGGCAGUGCCAAGGUGUAUCGAGUAACUGCAGAGAAUGGGCAAAUGUUUGCUUUGAAGCGCGUGGCUUUGGAAAAUGCCGAUGAAAUGACCAUCAAGGGAUACAAGGGUGAAAUUGAUCUCCUCGGGAGGCUCGAGGGAGUAGAUCGGGUUAUUAACCUCUUCGCCUACGAGAUGAACUUGGAGAAGCAGGUACUCAGCUUGGUUAUGGAAAUGGGAGAGCGAGACUUGAACGCUCUUUUGGCAAGUCGUCAGAACCCUGAAGCUUCCAGAUUUGACCCCGUAUUCGUGCGGUUUUACUGGAAAGAGAUGCUGGAGUGCCUGCACGCCGUUCAUCAAUAUGACAUUGUUCACUCAGAUCUGAAGCCCGCCAAUUUUGUCCUUGUCAAAGGCAGGCUCAAGCUUAUCGAUUUCGGCAUCGCCAAUGCCAUUCAGACCGACGAGACAGUCAAUGUCCAUCGCGAAACUCAGAUAGGCACACCCAAUUACAUGUCUCCCGAGUCACUGCUAGACUCCAACAACCCGCGCGGAGGUCGCUUCCCUGGUCGCCCUAAGCUCAUGAAGCUCGGCAAGCCCAGCGAUGUGUGGUCUCUGGGCUGCAUCCUCUACCAGAUGGUCUAUGGUUUACCACCCUUUGGCCAUAUUGCCAACCAGAUGGCGAGAUGUCAGGCCAUCAUUAACUGGGAUCACCACGUCGAAUUUCCCUCUCGUGGCAUGGGCGGCGCCCCCGUUCCCCCUUCGCUUAUUAGAACUCUGAAGCGCUGCCUCAACCGAGACCAGCAUAUGCGCCCGACAUGCGAAGAACUCCUUCACGACACUGACCCAUUCCUGUAUCCUGCAGAACUUAGCGACAAGGCUCUCCCCAUCGACGAAGAGCUGCUAGGAAGAAUCAUUCAAAGCGUUGUCACGAGAUGCCGAGAACGCAUGCCUACAGAGUCAGAAGGGGCAAGCGUCUGGCCACAAGCAUAUUGGAGCAGUCUGAGAAAAGCAGUAGGGAAUAGG